AUGUAUUCUCUGAUUUUCCAGGGAAGGUCUCUCGAGGUACAGAAAUGGCUUCCUUUGAGAUCUGCGCUAAAUCUUUUUCAAAAUGCAUCUCUUUUUUCCUCUGCAACGGCUGCUGAUGUGGAAGAUGGUCGAAAAGGAAAUAACUUUACAGUCUCACACCUCCUUACUUCACUUGGUUUAUCCACAAAACUCGCAGAAUCCAUCAUCUCCGGCAACAAGGGUAAUCCAGACUCUGUUCUUAAUCUGUUGAGAUCUCAUGGGUUCACAGAUCCUCAGAUCUCCACCAUCAUUACGGAUUACCCACGACUGCUUCUACUAGACGCUGAGAAGUCCCUUGCUCCAAAGCUUCAGUUUUUAAAGCUAAAAGGAGCUUCAACCUCUGAGCUCACUGAGAUUCUCUCAAAGGUUCCUAAAAUCUUGGGGGAGAAAGGGGAAAACACUAUUAGCAGAUACUAUGGUUUCGUGAAAGACAUCAUAGAAGCUGACAAAAACUUAAACUCUUGUCAGUCUUUGCCACAUGAUAAACUGAGAAACAUUAUGGUUUUGAGAGGAUUAGGUGUGCCUCAGAAGCUGUUAUUCUCACGGCUUAUCUCCGAAGGCCAACCUGUCUGUGGGAAAGAAAACUUUGAUAUAGCACUCAACAAGGUCCUUGAGAUGGGUUUUGAUCCAACCACAUUGAAGUUUCUCCGAGCACUGCAGAUCUUCUACGACUUGAGAGACCACAAACAAUAG